CCUUCCCAUCUCCUCCCAGAGCUGUCUGAAGAGAAGGACCACGCCAAUAACUGCAGAGAAACCUACCAUGACCAGAUAGCUUUGUCCUGCUGGCCUGAGUUUCAUGUUGCCAUCAUGGCUACAGCCGACAGUAAGAGAUGCCUCUGGGAAACAAUUGGCAGCAUGUAUGGAGAACUUGCUCUCUGUAUUGGAUUGCUGGCUGAAGGUAUGGGCUGCCCUGUGUCCAGCCCCAUUUUGGAUGCCUUCUUUAUGAGAAUCCAUGCUGAGUACUUUGCAAAUUGCUCUCUGCCCAUCCACACCACUGAUCUCCAGCCAUCUACAGGAACAGUCAUAAUCCUGACUUCACUAUCUGUCUGCCUGGUGCCCCUCUUCGUUGCACUCACCCUUUGGAAAGCAUGGAGACCUGAAAAUGAACCAUAAACUUCCCUGCUCUGGACAAUGGUUAGAACCGGAAGAGUACUGGGUGAUGCUGAGAGAAAGAAAUAGGUGCUCGCCCUAUUGAUGAAGUUAACUAGGUCCAGAGGGAGGCUCUAUAUUUUAGGAUUACUUAGUCGGUUGUAUGAUGAAACUAUUGCUGGUUUAUAUGUCUGUAUAUCAAAGGGUGUGAUACUGGUGGGCGGCUCUCAAAUAAAUUCAAUAAACAAGCAAACAAAUAAAUCUUCAUUCUACAGCUAUACUGUCACCUUUCCCUCAUGAAAUCAUGCCCUGUCUCCUAUGUGGAGUAAGCACUAUGCAUUCUUUCAGGAAUAAUUUGUCUCAAGGAAUAAGAGGUGUUUGCAGGGGUGGGGGUGGCUUCUCUCCCUUCUUUUGCUACCAUUUCUAUCCAGUUUGCAUGGAUUUAUUUGUGGCACAAUAUAAUGUUAAUAACAGUGACAACAGUGAGAGGAAUUUGUGGAAGGAACCUGCAUGUGAAACUGGAAGCAGGUGAACUAGUUCUAGUGGCCAAACCUAUAAUCUCCUGUUCCUAUAAUAUUAUUAUUCCAUAACUCACUCACGUUUUUUUUUUUUUUUUACUUAAUGGCAUCAGAAGUCAAGCUAAUGGGUAAGUGGUCCUGCCUCUGUACAAGAAGGAUGCUGGGUGAGCUUGAUUUAGCAACCGUGGACCUACCAAUAAUAUCAAGAGGAAUGCCCAGGGAUUAUUAUCAUGGCCUUGGUACAAUCUUGUUAAACAGCAGUCUCCCUGCAUCCCAAGCACACACUAUUGCCUGCUAUGAAUUUAACAAACUUUAUUUUGAAAAUUGGAGCAUUGAUUGGUAUCCUUUUGUUGUUUUAGUUCUUUUUGCGCAAGUAUCUUAGUAUCCAAUUUGUGUUCGUACCCAACAUGUCAGUGGAUUAUCCAUGGGUACAUUGACAAGCACCCUUGGACCCCAUUCCCUGUUCCUCAUGUCCUUCCUUGUUCAUCCAAGGUGCAAAACCCAGAGUCCAAAUCUGGCCUUCUAGAGGUCCUGGUCCAGCUCCCUGGAAUUUUCCGGAAAGCCACACCUCUUCUCCUUUCUUCACCCCAUUCUCCCCAACCAUCUAUUGCUUGGUGACUUCCUAGAUUUUAUGCUGUUUUCUCCCAUUCUAAGAGGUUGAAAUGCCUCACAAGAAUUUUAUGCUAAAUAGGCUGGAAUACUUUGGUUGUUGUUCCUAUCUUUUUGCCUUUGGUUCCACUCACCAUAGGAAUGUGCCACCGGAGAGGUUUUCUGCAAAGUAAUUUGGCCCUCUGGCUGAAAGAGGUUCUGCAUCUGAAUUCUUCAUGGUGUCUACAUGACUCACUCAUACCUAUAUGUCUCAACUUAUGGGGCCUAUACAAAAGCACUUCCGGUGAAGUUAUUCAUACCUGCACAACUGUGUAGGUGUGCAGUGAAAGUAUAUUCUGUGGUCCCACGGUUGAAUCUCUCACAUCAGCUCCACCUUUGUCACCACACAUUUUCUCCAGGGAAUAUUUUUUUCCCCUUUCUAUUCUUCCAAGUAAUAAAAAGGAUGGAUUUUUUAUUUUCCUUCCCAGAGCUUCAAAAUCUGAUGUGAUUUAUUUGUGGCUCCAUUUGACAGUAUCAUUUGUUCCCACAUGGAUGACAAGGAAGGGGUACGUGUUAGAUAGGUGAUAGAAAGAAGGGAUAGGCUUUAUGAGCUUUGGCAAUCUUUGGCUCACAUCUCUAACCUGAGCUCCAGGAAGAAAGUAAACCUGGUGAGUUCCAGGGUCAUUGCAACACACUUGGGUUUCAAUCCAAUGCAAUAGGGAGUGUCCCACCAUGGCUAUUCUUCUGUUCUAGGUCAACUGUCUUUCUGCAUCUUGCUUCCUGUGACACAGGUUCCCUUGUAAUUCUUCCUCUGUAGACUGUCCCCAGUGCUGGAAAAUGCUUAUUUAUUUAUUGCAUUUGUAUUCCACCCCAUAGCCAAAGGCUCUCUGGGCAGCUCAAGUUACUUAGCUCCAGUGGUUCCUCUGGAAUAGAGUGUCUGCUGAUUCUUCUGCUCCUCUUACCCUUAUCCAGAGAGUUUCCUCUUCAUUGGCUUUCCUCAGCAUUCUCCAGAUCUGCUUCAAUUGCAAGUACUCAAAAGGUUGUUACACAGAGAAAGGUUAGGAUUUCUUCUGGAUCAUCCCAGAGUGAAGGCUAUGGAAUAAUGGGCUCAAGUUACAGGAAGCCAGAUUCCAGCUGAACAUCAGGAAGACUGACAGAGCAAUGAGACAAUGGAACCAAUGACCUAGG